AUGGACACCAAGUACCCUCAUGUUGACACGAUGAAGGCCCUUGGAAUCUUUGAGGAUGUGGAGCUAAUUCUCAAGAACAUGCACUUGGCCAAGCUUUUCUCUUACCACAUGGAAUCCUACAAGGAGCUCACUUGCGAGUUCUUAGCUUCAAUGAGGCAGCUGGAAAUCUUAUUUGGGUUCAACUAUGGAGAGGGACCAAGUGGAACUUCAAGGAAAAGGAACUCCAAAGGGUUUGGGCUACAAUCGCUGAUGGAGUGUACUCUUCCUCAAGGUCAAGGCAGCUCAGAUCAGGAGCCCAGUCUUGAGGAGUUGGAUGGGAGGUUCCAAUUCAAGUUCACACAUCCAUUGGUUGGACCCUCCAAGUUUCUCCUGCCUAACCCAGAGCUCACCACAGUAGUAAGGGGUGAGAACAUUGACUUCAGACCCCCUGUGUACACAUUAGUUGGGCAUGAGGAUGAUUGCGAGAAGAGGAGCGAGCUCGAUCGAGCUGAGUCUCGAGCUGAGGAUCGAGCUGAGGAUCGAGCUGAAGAUCAGGUCCAGGAAGUGCGGAUUUGGGUGAGCCUGAGUGCUACUACUUUGAGGAGUAUGAGGCUCCAAGGAUGA